AUGCCUUCUGCUCUUGGAAAUGAAACGUCACCAAAAUCCAAGAUGGAUUCCGCAGUUCUUGUAAGGGAUUUGAUUUUUUUCUAAGGAGUUUCGUCGUUAUACUGAAUAUUUAGGAAACUUUUGUAUUAGAUAGUAACGUACGUAUAUGAAAAGUUUCGAAACGCUUGGGAACACGCGAGUUAUUCUUUCGAUUCAGUGCUCUGUUCGCUAAUUUAUCCGCUCGAUGCAAAUCUGUACGAUGUUUGACCAAAAUGGUUCGCUUAUCCACAAUUUACAAGUCUUACCACUGAUUAUUCUUGUUUUUCAUACAAUAGGAAGCAUCCCUGUACACAGUUAAAGCGAUUGCCAUUCUGGAUAAUGAUGGUGAACGAGUAGUUGCGAAGGUAGAUAAGAUUUACUUUAUCAAUUUAACGUGUUUAUGGCCUCAUGUGUUGCCUACAUGAACAUCGUACAUGUGAACUUGAUAUUAUUUUUACACUAUUAAGAUUUUAAGUUGAGUUUAUUUUAUCUAAGAAAUUUUGUCUCACAUUUUCAGCUGUUAAGCUUGACAUGAUUUUUAAUUUUUUUUUCUACUGUUGUAAACAGUGUUCGUUCCAUGAGGUUAUUUCACAUAAUGUUUAGACGAGAGACCUCUUAUUAAAACUGAUAAAGUCUCCUUUGAAUGGUCAGGGUCUUGUAAGUACCUAAAACUAAAAAUUUUUCUUUCCAACAUAAAAAUAUAAAUUAUGUAUUUUUUCAGCCAUAAAUCUGAAUGUGAAAAAGUACAUAAGUAAAUUUCCAAUUCUUUUUAUUUACAUUAUAGUACUAUGAUGACCAAUACCAAACCACAAAGGAACAGAAAGAGUUUGAAAAGAAUCUUUUCAACAAAACACACAGAGCAAAUGGUGAGCUUUCUUAUCAAUGUUAUAAUGUUCAAAUCACACUGCUUUGCCAAGUUGAAAUACUGCCAGCCAAAAGGACUGCUGUUCAACUUAGGUGACUGAUUUUUUUUGGUAACCUGUCAUGAUGACCAAAACAGACACUUUGGAGAACUGAUUGCAUGUUCCCUUUUUUUUUUUCAUGUCAUACUUUUUCAUAAAUGUGCAAGGCAUAGAGAUGACUACUAUUUUUCCUUCACUGAUUGCUUCUUUGUUUUUCUCUUUUCAGCUGAAAUUAUAAUGUUAGAUGGCUUGACGUGUGUGUAUAGAAGUAAUGUGGAUCUCUUCUUUUAUGUUAUGGGUUCUUCCAAUGAAAAUGAGGUAAAUGUCUUAAGUGGGUUUCAAAUGGUAUAUUUAUUUACUGUUUGUGGCAGAAAAUUAGUAAAUUUUUACAGAUAUACACUGUAUUAACCCUUAACUCCUAGAUCAAAUUUGUAAUUCUCCUUACUGUCAACCAUACAAUUCUUAUCAUGUUAGUUCAGAGAAUUUAGUAUUGGAUCAAUUAAUUAUCCCCAUAGUGAUGUGUUACUUUAUUCCCAUCACUUAUCUGGUUGACAUCAUAUUGAUAUUGUAAGGAGAAAUUCUGUCUUGGUCACUCAUGGGAGUUAAAAGGUUAAGUGAUCAAAUGUCAAAGUCCUGAAAUUCUUUCCCCUUAAAACUGUAAUUUUUAUCUCUGUCAAGCGGUCUCCUCUGUUAGGCGAUCAUGGUCAACCUUUACUGAGUCCCAACAGCCUGUUGUAUUGUCUUCCACCUGUAUUGAACCACUCAAUUAAAAUUAAGAACAAGCUUUCAAGUAAAUUUAAUUCACAGAGAGAGAUGUUUUUCAUCUUCACACGAGCGUGGGACAAAGAACAAAUUCUGAGUCCCCAUGAGGAAUGGAACCUUAGACCUUUGGAUUCCUUGCUCUGUUGCUCUUUCACUGAGCCACAGAGACUCUACAGUGAGCAAGGUUUAUUACAAAGUUCAUAUGACAAGCAUCCUGCAUACUGCUAGGAUCAGCAAUUUUGAUAGUGUCAUGUUUGUAAAUAGAGUAGGAGAGAAGGAAAGUUUUGAGCGCAGUAAAGAAAUAGAGAAGGAGUUUUUUCAUGUUGUCGUAAGCAUGGGACAAAGGAAAAAUUCUGAGUCCCCACGAGGAAUUGAACAAACCAAAAACACACAUUUUGACUUGUUUAACCCAAAUUUUAUCUUUAAUUACCACAUUAAUAUGUGCAAUGUUUUUUGCAGUUGAUUCUUGUAAGUGUUCUAAAUGCCUUCUAUGAUGCAAUCAGUCAGCUGCUGAGGAAGAAUGUGGAAAAGAGAGGCCUAAUGGAUAACUUGGAUGGUGUUUUGUCAAUACUUGAUGAGAUUGUAGAUGGAGGGUAAGUACUGUUACAGUGUUCCCUAGAAGCCCUGGAUGUGGAUGUCUUCAUUGGCUACCUGUUUCUGAAGCUCAGAAUGUUUUCUAGCAGCCCAUAUUGGAGUGAUGAUUGAAGUAACCACUAAAACAUUGCUUUAGAGUAACUUGGGAUUCCAGCAUGCUAUAGGCUUUUACUGAUAGCUCUGAUUGUCCAGAGCAUAUUAAAUUUUACUCAGCACUGAAGCAGUAUAACCCUGUUUUGCUUUCAGAUCAUGGCUUUGACUGUUUCCAUCAUGAAUUAAUGAUUUUUUUUGUUUGUUUUCAACAGGGUAAUAAUGGAAUCUGAUGCUUCUUCAAUAUUGCAGAGAGUUGCCAUCAAGGUGAAUUUACUCUGUUACUAAUUGUAGUAUUAUUGAAUAUACUUUAUUUGAGAUAAGCAAUCUUGAAGUUAUGGUUAAGUUUAUUCCAGUAAUUGCUUGAAAAUGUCCAUUUCUUUGCUGUAAUGUUAAAUGUUGUGUUUUCUCUCUUUCAGAAUGAUGAUGUACCAAUCACAGAGCAAACAGUGGCCCAGGUAAAAAUUUUAUGUUCAUAGUGCUCAUGUGAAGAUUACUUAACUUAUUCCUCAUGGUAGGAUCUGUGAGUUUGUGCUGAAGUUUCUUUACCUUUUUUGUCCUUCAGAAACCAAGUAAAACCACUUCACCAGUAAAUUGUAACCAUCAAAUUAAAUUGAAUCACUGUAAAUUCAAUUGAUAGUGAGAGCAAGUAAAGGUUAUUGUAGACUACCAGGAAUUUCACGAUUCUCUGCUUUCCUGAAUUGUUCUCAACAAUGAGAACAGAAAUAGUGGACAUCCAUGAUUUUGUGGCAGUUGCCUUACAAAACUUAUACUGCUCCUGAGGAGUUUAGCAAAAUUAAGUCAAGAAUUCAAGUUACCUUUCUAGUUCCAAAGGGGAUUUUCUUAGUUUCUACUCCUACUGACCAUCUCUUCAUUUCAUUCUUUCAGGUUCUUCAAACUGCAAAAGAUCAACUAAAAUGGUCUCUUCUGAAGUGAUCCCUAUUAUGUGGGAAUUCUAUCAAAUAUUGUUCUAUUUAGAAAAAAAUGCAGACAUUGUAGUUAGGCAUCCGCUUUGGAUCUUUAAUUAUCUCAAUUCUGCUUUGGUUUUCCUAUUGAACUGGUCUUGUGGAAAAAAAUGUCAUCAUACUGUACCAAAGGAGAUGUAACAACAGCAGAGUGAAAGUAAUCAUUAGUUUUUUUAAUUUUUUUAAUUUAUUUUUUUUUAAGUUCUGCUAAUGUUUAUUUGGUUGUGGCAAGGUGUUUGGCAUUCAGGAAAGAAAACUGUGCUGGAGUACUGUUCUUUUCCUUGUUUUUCAAAUAUGUUCUGUUAACUGUUGACUUUUGGAACCACUACUGUCAGGAGGGUCACUAAAACAAAACUGACCAGUCAUCUUACUGGAAAGAAACAAUGCUUCCAACUUAAUUUGACUAUGCCAAUCAGUAUUCAGGACCUGAGCAAGCAAAGAUGGCAAAUAAUUCAGGUGGGCUUCUUAAUUUGUUUUCAGUGGUGAGACUGGUCAGUUUUUUUCAUGUAUCUUGCGUUACAGAAGGUUCCAUUUAGGUAUGCUACUAGCAAUGUAUCUUUUUUUUUGUUUUUGUUUUAGCCUAACAGGUCUAUCAGUUAGCCUGUGAAGGUAGACAGAUUUGUGACUGCAUUGCACCAUCAAAACAGCAAACUUUAUUGUAAAGAUGGUGUGACUUAGUCUCAGACAGAAAGUAUGAUCAUAAGGUAGAAAUAAUAAUAAUAAAAUGGAACUUUAAAUGGUAUUUCCUGAGUACAAUUUUUAUCAAAGGGGUAAGUUUCUAAAGAAACUGUGGUUCUGUGUUGGUGGGAGAGUAUAACAGGGUAAUUUGGUAUUAUCCAUUGAGUUGAUAAUGUAAAUUGGCCGUUUCAAAGCUGAUGUUUUGAGUGUCAGCCCUUUGUCAGAGCAAAUGACAAAGGGCUAAUGCUUGAAACUCUUUUACAGUGGCCAAUUUACAUUACCAACUCAGUUUAUAAUACCAAAUUUCAAUUUUUAUUAGUUGUUCUCAAAAGGGUGCUCAGUUCUUACUGGACACUGAGAG